UCCUGACGUUAUUCCUCCAUUUAUCCGAUUCUAUAAUAUAAUUCUCCAUUUCUUGAACACUUCUUUCACUCUAUUGAAAAUUCAUGGCAACUUCUUCCAGAUAUGAUGGAAAGUCAGGUCAAGAAAACUCGCAUGCCACACGCUCUUUUACACACCCAUUUAAACAAGCAUGCCAUCCUAUUUUACUCAAAUCAAUACCCUCUUGCAUUGCAUUUGCUUCUUUCUUUCUCAAUAAUCUUCCUCAUUUACAACUUCAUCUCUUAUAUAUCUGUCUGCUUGAUCUUGAUCACAAAAUUGUUAAAUAAUUUGCAUUUUUUUUUCUGCAAUGAGAAAGAGAGAAGAAGUGGAACUCAUUUUUCGCCACUUGGACAAGAAUGGCGAUGGCAAGAUUUCACCAUCAGAACUGAGUGACCAUGUAAGUUUGAUAGGGGGGAAGUUGUUCGUGAAAGAGGCGGAAAUGGCGGUGGGGUUAGUGGACUCAGAUGGAGAUGGGUUGUUGGAAUUGGAGGAUCUUGUUAGGCUAAUGGAAGCUGGAGGCGAAGAAGAAAAACUGCAGGAUCUGAAAGAGGCUUUUGCUAUGUAUGAUGAGGAUAACUGUGGGUUCAUCACACCAAACAACUUGAGAAAAAUGCUUAAAAGACUCGGUGACUCAAAGUCUAUCGAUGAAUGUAAAGUGAUGAUAAAUCAGUUUGACCUUAAUGGUGAUGGUGUUCUUAGCUUUGAAGAAUUCAGGGUCAUGAUGCUGUAACCUCUCUCUCUAUGUAUACACAAUACAUAUACAUAUUUGUUUCUUUCAUAUGCAGAAAUUUAUCAAUGUUUUCUUAA